AUGGAUGGCGACAGACGUCGUCACCUGAACGGUAUCGCUGAGAUGGAUUAUGGCGACGAUUUUGAAGAUCUUGGUGAGCCACACGACGUGGCCUUCAGACGCCGGCCUCCAUUCGUUCCGGGGCCUGGUGGAAGACAAAACAUCAUCAUUGUACACUCGAGAGUCGGACAAUUGAGGAGAAGAUACAGAGUCGACCAAGAAGUCCUGUUCAAUCUCCUACCCAGAGUCCGGGAGGCAACGAGACGCGGAACGUUGGUAUUGAGCACCUUCUUUCACGAGCCAUACUUGGAAAACCAUCCAGACGAUUUGAUGAACUGGGCUCUCGACUUUGUGUUCCAGCACCUAUCAGAAUUCACCAGCCUUGAAGCGAUGGACAUGUUCGGCACUGCUAUGCAGGACAUUGAAAAUGGCCAAGUCCGUGGUCGUGCAGUCAACGAAUGGGCAGCUCAAAUGCAUGCUCUGUGCAUCGUGCUCAGCAAUGAUCAAGGGCUAGGAUGUUCAGAAGACCUUCUCAGCAAAAUCUUCGACUUUUUCGAAUUUCUCAUCCAAGAAGUUCAUAACAUUUUGGGAUGGAAUCAGGCAGCGGUUCUCUUUGAAGCUUUUGCGAAUAUCGUCCGGACACAUCGAAGGGAUCAGGUGCAGCAUAUUCGAAGGAUCUGGAACCGAUUCGACCCAGAGGUUCAGCAGCAGAUACUGGCUGACAUUAGGAGAGCACUGCCUGUCGAGGGCAUGGACGAUAUGGCGCACCGCAUGUAUCGAAUACUGGGGUACUAA